CUGUCCUCUGUCGUCUGGCCAGAUCUUGGGAAGCAGUAAUUGCGUGUCGUCCCCGUGCCCGCCGCCGCAUCGAGCACCCUGCACUGCACUGCUCUCGCUCUCGGCCAACCAGUGCUUCCCAAUCCCGGCCCACGGAGUCCGCCCGCGAGCUUGUCCCUCCCACUCCAUGACCACUGCCGCCGCGACCACGAACCGCGUCUCCAAUGCGCUGACCUCUCGACAAUCGAAGAUGAGCACAUCUGGCAAGACUGUCGACGCACAGCGCAAGCCCGGAAGCCCUUUGGACGCCGGACAGAGGAAACCUCCGCAAAAGGCAUGGACUCAGGGCACCAAUCCCAUCACUCAACGAUCGUCGAACCCCUCGCCCUCCAACGGUGUCGUAAACAACCCGAAGCCCACCCAAACCCCGACGGCGCCUUCAGGCGAGUCCGCAUCUCCAAUGAAGCACCUUAGCGAUCGGAUGAUGUACCUGCUGGUCAACUUGACUGGCUUGCCCGGCACCAUCACCCUCAAGAAUGGCGAGAGAUACUCUGGCGUGCUGUCAGGCACUUCCCUCGAACCCAACGAGAUGCGAUAUGUCUUCAAGAUGGUCAAGAAGCUGUUGCCAGCAGGCAAUCCUCAGACCAAUGGCUCUGGGGAGUCGUCUGACGACUACGUUGGUGCGGGCGACUACCACGUCAUGUCGUUCGAUAUGAGCGAUGUCGCCGAUUUCAAUGUCAACAAUGUUGUUCUCGACAAGACACAGUCCAAGGGUCAGAAUGGAGCUGCUGGUUUCCGUACCGACACUGACAUCUCCGGCCACAUGGCGAUGCGCGAGCGAAACCUCCAAAAGUGGGAGCCUGCUGAGGUCGAUUCCAACCUCAGCCUUGAGUCGGCAGGCCGGUCGGAUGACUGGGACCAGUUUGCAACCAACGAACGGAUGUUCGGUGUCAAGAGCAACUACGACGAGACUUUCUAUACCACGACUAUCGAUCGCAGCAACCCACAGUAUGCCGAGAAGGCUGCCCGUGCCGAGCGCAUUGCCCGUGAAAUCGAGGCUAGCACUGCAUUCAACUCGCAUGUGCGCGAGGAACGAGGUGGCACGGCUGCUACCGAUGACGUGGGCGGUGAUGAAGAGGACAAAUACAGUGGCGUUCGUCGCGAUAUGCCCGCCUUGUCUAGUAGCCAGGGCAACAAAUACACGCCUCCUGCACGACGAGCGCCCACGGGUCAGUCGACCGUUCAUGGUGCACCCGUAGACCCAGCCAUCAUCUCGGCGUCUCUUGCGCGACCCGAUUCCGCAGCCUCGAAAUCAACACAACGCGCCGUCAGCCCCGCAGCAGACAAAGUUGCUACCCCCGAACCUGCCAAGGUAGCUCUGCCGAAACCAGAGGCUCCUACUUCGACUCCUUCUCAGCCAGAACCUCCCAGGGAAGCCGCCCCGAAAGCGGAGACGAACUCAGUUGCUACGUCCAAGCCUGCUGCGGAACAGUCGCAAAGACCGAGCAGCUCAAUCAAAGCUACAGUCGCUGCUAUCCCUCCCCGCAGGUCUGACCGGCCACGUGAUGCGACCACCAACGUCGAACAUGAUCUUCUUGACUCCUUCAAGCAGUUCUCUGCCGCAGAGAAGUUGCGCAUGACAGAACGCCAAAGGACUAUUGCGCGUGAGAACAAAGCAGUCAAGUUGAAUGACCUGAAGAAAUUCGCACUGAACUUCAAACUCAGCACUCCGGUUCCCUCGGACCUGGUUCCGAUCUUGGCUAAAGAUGAGACCAAACAGCAGGCAAUUGUUGAAAAGGCUCUUCGACAGGUGCAGGAGACCAAAACUUCGCCACCAAAGGCCACCAGGACUAUCUCAGAUUCAAAGAUAACUGCGCGAGCUACUCCUUCCAAGCCCGAUACCACCCAAGGAUCUCCGAGUGUGCCCGCUGACCGUCAACAAAACCAACGAACCCGUCCUGGGCAGUCACAAUACACGUCUGGUAACAUGAGGGACCGUCCGCAUCAAAACGCGAACCAGGUGCAUCCUCGCAACAACGGGCCUCUUAGUACUCGUCUGCAAAUGAAUCAGCAACAGCACAAGCAGCAAGGUGCUCAGCCAUACAAUGGUGUGCCUCAGCCGAUACCGGCACAGGAUAUGCGUGUUCCCCCAACAGGACCUUCACAGCCGUCCAGCGGCGUACAGACACCCACCUCCUCCAGCCUAUCCAGCAGGUUCAACGUUCGUGCACAUGAGUUCAAGCCAAACCCAGCAGCCCACACCUUCCAACCUGGGGGAAACCCUAGCACCAAUUCCAGUCCUAGACCCUCCACGGCAUCAAGGCACGAAUCCCGCAGACCAACCACUGUCACCAGCUUCUUCGGUGGCCAACGUCCGACAUUGAAGUCGGAAGCAGGUGACUCUUCCAAAGACUCUCCGGACGCCUUGCAACGACUGAAGAAGGACGUGUCGGAGCAUGACAAGACCAACAACAGCGGCAUUCCACACGCUUACCGCACUCCUCCCACGUGGGACUUCCCAUCCACAAAUACAGAGAAAGGCCACGUGCAUAUUUAUGAACAAGCCCCUCCAACGCAGCAUUCGGGCCAUCACAAUGCGAUGAACAAUGGUCAAAUGCCGCACCAACAUCAGCUUCCCCCUCACCUUCAGGGACCCCAGGGUCUGCCACAAGGUCAGGGUCCGCACCACACAUCUCGCGGACCACCAGUCCAAGCGCAUCACAAUCAAGCGCCCCACCACUUUGAAGCGCCACAUAUGCAGUUCUCUCACUCUUCGUCGUCAAUGCACCCUUCGCCCCGGCCUAUGCCGCCUUAUCCCUACGGCGUGCAGCCACAGCCCAUGCCUGGGUUCCCUCAACAAGUCCAAAUGCCACAGUACGGUAUGAGUCCCAACGUUCAGCAUGUCGCCCUUCACGGUAGGCCCGGUGGGCAGUUUGUCGGACAUCCUGGCGCAGCCAUGGGCGGGCAAAUGAUGACAAACCAACCCUCCAAUGGCCCUUUUAUGGGAAUGCCAACAAACCCGCAAAUGCAGAUGUACUCUCCAGCCCCCGGUCCUGCCUAUCCUCAAUACCCUGGUCAUAUGCCUGGAGGUCCCGGUGCGAAUGGGUUUCCUAGUAGUCCGAGACCCACUGCACAGAUGAUGAGCCACCAAGGUUCGCAGCAAGGGCACCAGCAACCGCCUAUGAUGUAUAUGCAGGCAGGUGCUCAAGGACCUCAAAUGUUUCAGGUGCCACCAGGAUCCAUGACUCCAAUGAGAGGGCCAUACCCCCAACCGCACCAGCCUCAUUACGGGUCGUCACCGCACCAGCAUCACCAGUUCCCACACCAAACUCACCGUGGUACUCCGAGCGGAAGCUAUGCCCAGCCCAUGAUGCAACAACACUCGCUGCCGCCCCAAGGCCCGCCUACCGGACCUGCUAACCAUGGUCCGGAGAGCAACGAAGAGCCUAAAUGAACGUCGUUUUGAAGGGCUUCGCUUCGUAGCUACGACAGGAAGUAUGUGGGGAGAUCAUUGGCUUCGCCAAACACUCUCCAUGCUUGUCUUAUUUUGCAUCUAGCGUGUGAGAGCUUCCGCUUCAAUUUCCCUUUUCACGAGCGGGCGGGUAUGAGCGACUGGCGUUGGUUGGGCAUGGGCGGCGUACAAAAAUGAUACCGGAUGUCUGAGGACUACAGGACAGCGCAGGGGAAAGAGGAAAGAGACGUGUUGCACUUUGUCUAUCAACACUUCUCGUCGUUCACAUUUACGGAUUGUGGAUGGGUCCUGAGAGUCGUCUGGGGAGGGGUUCCGAACGGAAUAGCAGUGCGGUGAAGUGAGGAUGUAGGUGGUCGCCUUAGCUAGCUGGAUGGUUGGAGUCGGAGAUUCUAUCCUUCUCCACCGCUUGUCAAACAAAUACAGCCAGUUCGAUCACAUAC